CCUAACUACAUUACCCAAAAACCAUCUCCGUCUUCUCCAGCCACUUCUCGACCAAACCCAUCCGAACCGGAAAGGGAAAAUGGCCUUGACUUUGCUGCUUCGUAGAGCGACCUCCGCUGCGGUGCCUCUGGUGACCCGAGCCGUCCGACCCAGCAGGACCGUCCAUACCGCUAUCUCCACUGUCGGAAAGUGCGCUUUCAGCCGUGAACUCAACCGUAGAACCUUUGUUCCGUUUCAGCGAUUCUCUACUGCUACGGCGAAGAAAUCCAGCUCCGAUGAGAGUCUGAUCCAAGUUCUUGAAUCUGAAAUCGUAUGCGCAGAGGAAGAUCGAUCAGCGGAGCAGGUUGAUGUCCCAGAUGGCUUUCCUUUUGAAGUCCAAGAUACUCCUGGGGAAAGGACUGUAUGUUUAACAAGAAAGUAUCAAGAUGAAAUUAUCAACGUAAACGUUGACCUUCCUAAUGCUUUAGAUCAGCCUGAACAUGAUGAUGAGGAUGAGGGUGAAGAGUCACAAACUAGUGUUCCAAUGGUUGUGAGUGUAUCAAAAGGAAAUGGUGUGUGUUUGGAGUUCGGUAUCACUGCUUCCCCAGACCAGAUUAGCGUUGAUAGUUUGUCAGUUAAGAAACCAGAAGCCUCUGAAGAUGAGCUUGCAUACGAAGGACCUGACUACAGUGACUUGGAUGAGAACCUGCAAAAGGCUUUUGAGAAAUAUCUCGAGAUUAGAGGAAUCACUACCUAUACAACCAACUUUAUGUUGUCUUACAUGAAAGAUAAAGAUAACAGAGAGUACUUGCAAUGGCUGAGGGAACUUAAGAACUUCGUUGCAAAGUGAACUUCAGAUGAUGCAGUUUGCUUAUUGCUACAUUAACUCUUUGAAGUUUAAAUAUUGUUAGGUGUACUAGUACCAUGUACCAGGCGAAGGAAGACUGUUCAUUAUUCAUGAAAACCAUUUACGAGUGGUGAAGUAUCGAACCUCCUUAAGUACCCAAUAAUCAUUUUGAUAGAUUUGAAAGUUGAUGUUUUUCUUGGAUGAUACAUUUUGUUUCGUAUGUAGUGAUCAUCAAUGAAGUUUACUUUCAAAA